AUGGCCUUAAGCGUACUUUUGCCAAUUUUCUCUUUCCUGCUGACAAAUGUGAUAUAUCAAAGCUAUGAUAAGAGCUUGGCUUAUCAAAACAAUUAAGAGGUCCUUAAAUCAAGGUUUCAACCAUUCAUAGAAAACAUUCGAAAAGGCAAUUAUAUCUUUACAUCAAUAUACAUAACAAGAAGAUUAGUAUACUCACUAACUCUUGUUACAUUUGGAGACAAUCAAGGUCUCUAACUCAUAUUUCUGAUGAUUCAAAAUAUGGUGAUGAUUAUAUACAUUACAAUAUCUAAGCCAUAUUUAAGUUUGCAAUCAAAUUAUCUUGAGAUUUUCAAUGAAAUCAUUUUCCAAGUUAUUUUGUACAGUAUGAUAAUAUUCUCAGACAAUUACAAUUUAGACUUCGAAGUCAAAAUAAUUAUAGGAUAUUUCCCUAUAGCUCUCUCAAUUCUUUUCCUUUCGGUCAACAUUUACAUAAUUGCUAUUUCUAAACUUGCAACUAAACUAUGGUGCUUAUUGAAGAGUAAUAAUUAAAAAAAUCUGUUUAAGCAAUAAAUGUCAUAAGCAGUAGCAUAAAAAACAUUGAAAAAAAUUGAAUAAAAUGCUACUUCACCAAGAUCUCAUGCUAUUGAAAGUGAUUAAUAUUUGACUGCUUUAAAUGAUAUAGAUCCUAAGGGAUUUUCAAUUGGUUUAAAUAAAAAUGAGAUUAAAAAUAUGAAAUCUAAUGGAAAAAAAUCCAAAAGAAAAUUAAAAAGACAAUCACAUACUAAGAUAUAACUAGCUAGGAAGACCGAAAAUAAAUGA